AUGUUGAUAUACAAUCCAUGUCGGGGCAGAAGUUCACGAACUUUCAUCAUUUUAUUUGUAUUUCUUCAACUUUUGUUCGUCUUAGCCGUAUUUGCGUUAUACACAAGUGAUACUGUGUCAAUAAUUUCCGUCGCAAAAAGGAUUCAGAAUGACAACGUAAAUAAAGCUGUGGGAGGUCGAAACAUACUCACAUCUCCAUCUCCAAAUGUGCCUGCCACGACGCACGCUACUUCACCUCGUACGUCUACACCAUCGCCGACUAAAAAGCCAAGCAUUGAUAUGGUCAACGAUUAUCAGCCUUACGUGGACUUUAAGUUAAAGUAUCCCGAAAUACAGCCGAAAAUGGCAGAUUCGAAAGAUUUUUUCUUGGUCGUUCUUGUCAACUCCGGUGCGAAGGGGGACGAGUACAGGCGACGCAGAGCAAAAAUUCGGGAAACCUGGGCAAGCAAAAACACUUGCGAGUACGCAAAUACUAUGAAUAUUAACAUCAAGGUGAAGGACCUUUAUAAGUGGAUUUUGGUGUUUGUGCUUGGAAAAGCCGGGGGGGAGGAAGAUAAACGAAAUACCGAGGAAGCCAAGCGACACAAUGAUAUGAUAAUUGGUGAUAUCGGUGAUAACUAUUUGAACAACAUUUUGAAAUUUUACAUGGGCCAACUUUGGGCUUCAUUGCUGGGUGCCAAAUAUACUCUUAAGACUGAUGACGAUGUUUACGUCCGAAUACCAAAGGUUAUAGAGUACCUUGUUUCCGAGAAAUUACCCUCACACUUUUAUGGCGGGGGGACGUACCGCGGAUCAGUGGUCAUGCGUUUUCCUGGUGGGAAGUGGAGUAUAAGCAAAAAAUAUUUUCCUGAAAACGUAUUCCCACCCUUUAAUGCUGGCGCCUUUAUUCUCCUUUCUACAGAUUUACUUGGUGGGUUAGUUAACUAUGUCCACAUUCGGAAACCUUUUCACACUGAUGAUGCGUACAUUGGUGUUGCUAUGAGAGAUUUAAAAGUCAAAGUUGUUCAUAUUUUGUCGUUUGUUAUUGAAAAUAAUAUGAGUGCACGGAUUAAUACAAAAGAUGAUUGUUAUAUUUUGAAAGUACUUGCGUACGGCCACAGUGUCAGCGCUGGAGCUAUGGAACAUGUACACAAGAAACUUGAAGAUUUGUGUCAAGCAAAUACCACACUCAAAACAUUAAAAUGUCCAGCAUAA